AUGCUCUUUGACAAAGAAUCAAAAUAUCCAAAAACUUUUGUAAUUUAUAGAAAAUGUUUGCUUGAUUGGAAAAUUAAAAUUGAGGAAGAAUAUUAUAAACCACCUGGUAAACCAUUUGUUGAAUUUCAUUAUGAAAAUAAACAUUGUGAAAAAUCAACAUAUACAGAAAAAUAUUCAAACAAAAUAGCAUAUCGAUUAGAUGACAAAUGGUUUGAUGGGUAUGAAAAACAAAAAAUUCUAAUUAUCGAUAAAUUUACUGGAUCUCAAUUAUAUUUUUCAACAUUACUAAAAAUUUUAUCUGGUCAACAAAGAUAUUUUGAUAUUAAAGGAGCUAAAGAAAUUAAUCAUGUUAAACAUGUGAUUAUUACAAGUAACAAAAAAUUAAAUAAUAUAUAUAAAAGUUUUGAAUAUAAUGAAGAACAGUUUGAUUGGCAAAUUAAUGCUAUUUGGCAUUAUAAAAAAUCGGAUACAGGAUUUUCAGAACGUAAAUGUGAAAAAAAUCCAUAUUUGAAACAAUUACAUU